AAACAGUUGACGAAGGAGGAAGUGAUUCGGAUAUUCGAAGAGCACGAACGACGAUGGGCUAGGUUAGGGACACUGGAGGUCUUGAGCUGGUAUGCGUUCCCUUGGCCGAUCCUGAAGACGCCUGAAAGCCUAGAAGAGUUGACCAUGCUCGCGAUCGAGGCCUACGUGCUGUCGAAGCACCAUCCAGAUGGCGACAAGAAGACUUCAAAGGACCGAAUCAAGGAUCAUAUCAAGCGAUGGCAUCCUGAUCGAUUCGAAACGAAGCUCCUACCCAAAGUGCGGGAAGACGACCGAGAAAGGGUGAAGGAAGGUGCAGGAGUAGUGGCCAGGAAUCUCAACGACUUGUUGAGAAGGCAAUCCAGUAGCAAUGCCUUGUUUGGAUAA